AUGAAUGUCUUGGUAGUCCCUGAGGAGUUGUGUCGAGAUAUGCAAAGACUCAACCUGGAAAUAGUAAACCCCGGGGAGAUCAAGGCAAGACUGAGUGCGUUAUCAUUGGGGUUGUCCAUAUUCAACGAGAUCAAGGAGGGUCAAGCUGGGGAUGAAGAUCUAGAGAAGAUCAAGGAAAAGAUGGGGCAAGGAAAGGAAUUUGAUUUCAAGAUUCAUGAUUAUGGUAGUUUGAGGUUCAAGGGGAGGUGGUGUGUACCACAAAAAUGUGAAGAGCUUAAGAGACAUCUUAUGGAUGAAGGGCAUAAUACCCCAUAUUAUGUGCACUCUCGGGGUGACAAGCUGUACAAGGACCUUAAGCAGAUCAACUGGUGGCCAAAUAUGAAGCGUGAAGUUGCCGAGUUUAUGUCUAAAUGCCUAACUUGUCAAAAAGUCAAGAUAGAUCACAAGAGACCCAUGGGAAAAGUUCAACCUUUAGACGUUCCUAGAUGA